AUGGCGGCAAGGCGUGCGGACGUGUUUUGCUUGCUCCUGUUGUUCAUUUUUAUUUAUACAUGUUUUUGCAUCAGAAAAAGUUGCUUUUGUCAACCAGAUGGGAUCAGUAUCACUAUUACUGGUUUGUGUAAAGAACAAGAAGAAACAUUCGUUUAUUCGUCACUGUUUGCAGUUAGAUCGAAGUCCAUAGCUCGAUACAGAAAAAGAAGUUUGAUUUGUUUGUUAUUACUGGCUUGCGGAGAUGUCGAAAGAUGUCCAGGACCGCAAUAUGAACAGAUAAAAUCGUUUACAAACAUGAAAGGUAUAAAGUUCUUACACCAAAAUAUCAGAGGAAUUUUUCAUAACAUGGCAAAUCUUACUGCAUUAUUAUCUUAUGAAAAUCGUAUAGACAUUUUGACAUUAUCUGAAACUCACAUCGAAGCACAGAAUGGGUGUGAUAACAACGAUUUAUACACAAUACCGGGGUACAACUUCAUUUCACGUUGUAGAGAAAUUGGGAAAGGUGGAGGUGUGGCCACUUAUAUAUCGGAACAAUUGACAUGGAAAAGGAGGGAAGAUCUAGAGGUGAAUGACAUUGAAUGUAUCUGGCUCGAAAUUUUUCCGAAAAACGCAAAAAGUUUUCUUAUAUGCUGUAUGUAUAGACCCCCUGACUCAUCUCUAUAUCUGAAUUCUCGUUUUAACGAAAUUUUAAGAGAAAUGUUAAUAGCUGUUAAUAAAUUAACACUAGAAACAAUCAUUAUGGGCGAUGUUAAUGUGAAUUAUUUGAAACAAGGUGAUCAUCGUGAAAUCAAAGAUAUAUUCAAAUUGCAAUCAUUUGUACAGCUCGUAAAAAAGCCCACGAGAAUAACGCAAGACACUGAAACAUUAAUUGAUGUGAUAUUUACUAACAAAAGUUCGACGAUCUCCCACACGGACGUUCUACCUCUGAGUCUGAGUGAUCACGAUUGUAUUGGUUGCGUAAGAAAAGUUAACCAUCAAAAGUUUAAAUCGCGCACCACACGAUGUCGAAAUUACAACAAAUAUGACCCUGAAAAAUUGAACACAGACAUAAAUAAUCAUGAUUGGCAACCUAUGUAUGAAAUGAGUUCCGUGGAAAGUUCCUGGGAAUAUUUUAAAACAACAGUACAUGCUAUAAUCGACAAGCACGCUCCCGUUAUAACCAAAAUGGUAAAAGGACGUUCCUGUCCGUGGUUGAGUGCUGAAAUUAAGAAACAUAUGAACAAUCGAGAUAAACUCUUGAGGAAGGCACGAAAAACGAAGAAAGCGUCAAAUUGGUUGGAAAACCGGCAUAAUCCUCGUAAGUUUUGGAAAACAAUCAAAAGCAUAUUUCCUGCAGGAAAGUCAUCAUCUCCAACAAAUAGUGAUCAGCCGGAUGCAGCUGAGAAACUUCUUUACGCUAACAAAUUUUGUCGAUACUUUUCAGAUUGCGCUAGAAAAUUGAAGGACGUCGCUUUUCCAUUACGAAACCUUAUAUGGAGAUAUACUCCAAUAAUUUCGACCAGGACUGAUAAACUCUUUCAUUUUCAUUACGUCACGAAAGUGUUUGUCGAAAAAGAAUUAAAAAAAUCUUUGAAGAGAAAGAAAGCCACCGGUGCAGAUGACAUACCACCGGGUGUUUUGAAAGAUGCUGCUACACUCCUUUCUCAACCAUUAGCAUUCAUUAUAAACCUGUCGCUGCGUACCAGUACAAUACCGUCGGACUGGAAAAUCGCAAAAGUUACGCCACUUUUUAAGGGAGGAAAUUCAUCUGAAGAAACAAACUAUCGACCUAUCUCAGUUCUUCCUAUAGUUUCCAAGAUUCUAGAACGUGCUGUUCAUCACCAAUUAAUUGAUUAUCUAGAAUCAAAUAACUUACUUUCUCGAAAUCAAUUUGGGUACCGUCGAAAACGAUCAACGGAGAUGGCGACUACGUUAUUAACGGACAACAUCAGGAAAGAAGUAGACAGUGGCAAUCUAGUUGGUGCAAUUUUUGUUGACUUGUCAAAAGCAUUUGACACUCUUAGUCAUGGAUUAUUACUGUCAAAAUUAUGUUCUUAUGGUAUUAAAGGAAUUGCUUUGAAUUGGUUCUCAGACUACCUCUUCAAUAGAAAGCAGUAUUGCGUAGUAAACAACGUAGCAUCCGAAGAGAAAAGUAUUGUCUGUGGUGUACCACAAGGAUCCAUCUUAGGACCUAUCUUGUUUUUACUUUAUUUCAAUGACUUUGAAGAGUGCGUUAAAUAUUCUGAAGUCAUAGAGUUUGCAGAUGACACGGUGUUAUAUUUUGCGAGCAAACGGUUACAAGACAUCGAAGACAAGUUCAAUUACGAUCUCGAGAAGAUAGCCGAAUAUCUCAAAGAUAACGAAUUAGUAAUAAAUCUCAGAAAAGGAAAGACCGAGUCAAUGGUAUUUGGAACUCAAAAACGACUCUCGAUGUAUUCACGACAAAUGAAUUUAUAUUACAAUGACGUUCCAAUAUCUUCAACUACACAUUAUAAGUAUCUUGGUACUGUUUUGGAUCCAUCUUUGAACAUGAACGAAAACUUCAACACGAUUUACAAAAGAGCUUCGAACAAGCUACGUUUGUUAAGUUCACUCAAAAUGGGUCUUACUGCGGAUGCUGUUAGAAAGAUCUACACAGCUAUUAUUUUACCAGGAUUAUCCUAUUGCAGUAACGUUCAGCUCAAAUUCAGUGAUACUCAAAUAAAGAGACUCGAAUCCAUUGACAAUCGUGCUAGAAUUCUGACUCAACAAAAUACUACUUCACUGUGA